AUGGAUCCUCUGAUGGAAGACGAAGAGUACAGCUUCAGGGAAGUGGUGCUACCCUCUCUAAUCCCAGUCGUACAGGAGCCGGAGCUAGAGAGAGAGAACGGAGAGAGGAGAAGAGGGAGAGAUGUGAUCGUAGCCGUUGAUCAUGGUCCCAACAGUAAACACGCCUUUGAUUGGGCUCUCGCUCAUUUCUGCCGCCUUGCUGAUACGCUUCACCUCGUCCACGCCGUCUCAAGUGUAAAGAACGAUGUUGUGUAUGAGAUGAGUCAAGCCCUCAUGGAGAAACUCGCUGUUGAGGCCUUUCAAGUUGCUAUGGUGAAGAGUGUGGCUCGUGUUGUUGAAGGAGAAGCGGGUAAAGUAAUCUGCAAAGAAGCAGAGUUGGUGAAGCCUGCUGCUGUAAUCAUGGGUACACGAGGACGGAGCUUAGUCAGAAGCGUGCUACAAGGGAGUGUAAGCGAGUAUUGUUUCCACAAUUGCAAAUCCGCUCCUGUCAUUAUCGUUCCUGGAAAAGAAGCUGGAGAGGAAUCUAUUGUAACUUGGACUAAAACAGAAGAUUCAAAACCCUGA